AUGCCAGGAGUGAAUGAGAUUGAGCCGUACACAGGGUACGAAUGGGUCAGCUACUCUGCUUGGGACCAGCGCGAUGGGGUACUGCUGAGGGACCUCCGAGGAUACAACGCGGCGAGGAUCGCCAAGGAUCGCCAGGAGAAGCAUGCCCGAGUGAUGCUGGAACGAGGAGUGCCACCACAGAUGCGUUCUAGGCUGGUGGCUGUGUUGGGACCAAGCUUGAUGGACAUCCAACUGAUAGAGUCGUCAAUCGUUUCCACGGAGUCCCAAAUGUUUAUGGUGUGCUAUGCGCAGACAUCUGCCGCGCUAGGCAGGAGAGGAGACGUGAUUGUACAGGAGGCGCUCAACGGAUCAAUGGUAUCAGCGAGAGAUUUGGCUUUUGUGCUGGUGGACGAGAUCAGCAGGAACACUCACUUCUUGUGGAAAGAAGUAGUGAACCAGUACGAGGAAGGAGCUGCCAGGGCUGCUAUAGAUCCGUUUACCAUGGGGCCGCUUGAAGAGGAGCCUGCGGUAGUCGCCCGGGCAGGUCGAGGGCGAGCUGGACGAGGACGUUGGUGA